UAAAUAUAAAACAAGGUUAAGGUUUGUUAAAUUUAUAGAAGUAUAUCAUUAUGGCGGAGACUCAGGUGACAGCCGAGCAAAUUCUCCACGAGGCAUACGAAAAUCGUGACAGACCGUUGGAGAAGCCAAAACAAAAUAUUCAAGACUUGGAUGAACUUCGAUCAUUUCAACUUAAUAAACGGAAAGAAUAUGAACAACAAUUAAAUAAGAAUAGACUUAACUUUGGUCAAUGGGUGAGGUAUGCCAAGUGGGAAGUGAGCCAUAAUCAUGAUUUUGCCCGGGCGAGAUCUAUCUAUGAACGAGCGCUUCAAGUCAAUAUAGAACAUAUUCCAUUUUGGACGCAUUACAUUCAAUUGGAACUUUCAAAUAAGAACGUUAACCACGCUAGAAACUUAUUAGAACGUGCUGUCACUUCGCUACCACGAAUAGAUAAAUUCUGGUUUCUUUACGUUCAAACGGAGGAAACUCUUGGGAAUUAUUUGAUGGUUAGGACAAUAUUUGAAAGAUGGAUAACUUGGCAUCCUCCUGUUUCAGCAUGGGACGCAUACAUUAAUUUUGAGAAACGAUAUGGAGAAUUUGAUAAUGUUCGCCAGAUUUUCUCUAGGUAUGUAGUUGCUUCCCCCGGUGGGGAGACUUGGUUGAAAUGGAUCAAAUUUGAGUUAAGUAGCAGGGAUGGAGGAGAAUAUACCAGAAGUGUGUUUGAAUCCGCAAUAGAUACUUUGAUUUCAGAAAAUAAACAGGGCCAGAAGGAUGGGUUAGACCCACAAUUUGGUGCCAUCAUAGAUAAAUGGACGAUAUGGGAAACAUCUAUGAAGGAAUAUGAAAGAGCAAGAGAGAUAUAUCGAUUACUUUUGAAUGGGAAUAUAAUAGAGGAUAAAAAUAAUGAGAUAUUCCAAUUAUACACUGAAUUCGAGAAAACUUACGGAACUAAGGAUGACAUCGAAUCAAGCAUAGAAACUAAAAGGAAGUUACAAUACCGUCAAGAAUUGGACCGGGAUCCGUAUGAUUAUGAUAAUUGGUGGGCAUAUCUCAAAUUAUUAGAUAAAGAAGAUGAAAUAGUUGAAGCCUUUGAACGGGCCUGUUCAUCAAGACCCAAACUGAUUCAGUCCAAAACCAUCUUGUGGAGAAGAUAUGUAUUUCUUUGGAUCAAAUAUGCACUUUGGGAAGAAUUUGAUAGGAAAGAUGUAACAAAGGCUAGACAAAUUUGGAAUCAAGCACUCAAGAGUGUACCAAAAGCAUUUACAUUUGGGAAAUUAUGGAUAAUGUUUGCCGAAUUUGAACUUCGAAAUGGUGAGUUGGCCAGUGCCAGGAAAAUAUUAGGUCGAUCUAUUGGUCAACAUAAAAAGGCCAAAGUCUUUAAAUAUUAUAUUUCACUUGAAAGGAAAUUAGGUGAAUGGGAAAGAGUUAGAAAGAUUUAUGAGAAAUAUUUAGAAGUGACCAUGACAGCAGAAACUCUAUUAAAAUAUGUUGAAUUUGAACGUGAAUUAGAUGAAACGGAAAGAUGCGAGGGACUCUUCGAACUUGGAUUACAACCAACAUUAAACAUAAGACAUCAAGAAUUACUUUGGAAGGAAUACAUUGAGUAUUGGAAAGAUGAGCUUAAAUUCGAUCGAGCAAGAGAGACUUAUAGAAAGCUUUUAAUGGCGGUACCGCAUUCUGCCAAGGUAUGGAUAUCAUUCGCAGUAUUUGAAUCUGGUAUACCAACCAAAGAACAAUUAUUAGAGUAUGAAGAAAGUGGAUUAGAAGAAUUAGAAUUCGAGAUAACUGAAGUGCAACGAGAAAACACCAGGAAAAUCUUCGAGGAAGCUUAUAAUUCAUUGAAGGGCCACCAUGAAGAAAGAGUUGUAAUUAUAGAGGCUUGGAAGGAUUAUGAAGAAUCACAGGGCACGUCCAUGACCGUGGAAGAAGUCAACAAGAAACUCCCUACCAUGGUAACCCGGAGAAGAGUGGUGAAUGACAAAGAAGAAGAAUACACUGACUACAUUUUCCCCGAAGAUGAAGCAAAGAAACCAAGUAUCAAUAAAUUUUUGGCAAAUGCUAAGAAGUGGAUGGCUUUACAAAACGAUUAG